GUUCAGCUUGCUGUCUACUGCUGUCGCUACGUCUGCUAGGUUUUGCGUGUUGACGUCUUGAUUCUUUCAUUACCCGUCUCUUCGGGUUUCAAUUGAGGCCAGCCAAAUUUUUACAGCUGGAAUCAUGUAUAAUGGAGAAAAAGCUUCAAGAAUAUAGAGCGAGGAAAAGGAGGGAGGCAUUCCUGACAUCGGCUAAAAAAUCUUUCGCAUCGAUAAUGUUUGGAGGAUCUUCGGCAUCUACUCCGUGCAGCACUCCACCUAGUUCCCCCGACAGACGCGGUCCUAUUGAUGGGGAAGACGUAUUGGAUUCAGAUGACUCUACUCACCACCUCUUGGGUCCAUUUGGAUGUGACAAUAUUGAAAAUGGGGCAUCAGACGAUGAAGAUGACACUGGCUGUGCUUCUCCACCAUGGCUCUCCAUCACUCUUUAUGCAUUGUAUACUCUUUUGUGGGCUACACUAAUGGGUAUUGCUGUUCAGCUUGAAUUUGGUGCUGUUUUUUUUAUUCUCUCUUUGCUUGUACUUAUGUGGCUCAAUACACGCACAAAGAAAAAGAAGCCAGGCGAGCCAAGUGCAUACUCUGUAUUCAAUCCAAAUUGUGAAGCUAUUGAUGGUACAAUAAAACCAGAACAAUUUGAGGCUGAAUUGAGAUACGGGACGGUGGCAGCACAUUAAUACUGAAUGUAAUGGUGCUUGUAUUAUCCACUGAAAUGAAAUUUUAUGAACCAAACAAUUUUUGAAAAUAUCAAACAGUUGAAGGGAUUUCCAAAUCACAGGGCCCAAUUCGUUGAGCUGUGUAUGCCCAUCAAGUGUAAGCUCCUGAAGUGCAAUGCCUGGGCUAAUUCAUGGCAGUCAAAAAUUUUCUGCUCUUGAAGUUAAUUAUUUCCGCGGAAGUUCUCCGCACAAAAUAAAUAAUAAUAUAAUUUAGAAUUACAUAUCUUGGAUCUUAAAUAUGUUCGUGUUAGGAUUCACAUCUUACUGUGAAAACAAAUUUGUGUCUUCAAUUGACUAGAAAACGCUUUUACUGUAUGGUACGUGCCCUUGAUAUAGAACUUCCCUCUGAAAAUAUUACCAUUAAAUUACCUUUAGAGGACAGUGAUAGUGAUAUAGCAACUGAUGCUGUCAUAUCAUACUGGCUGUGAGUAGUGAUUAAAGAAAGUUAAUGUGUGCAAACGUUCCACUGUAAUACAGAACCAUGUCUGUUUCAAUAUCCGAUUGAAAAUGCGUCAUUCCUUUAGAACUUCAAAAAGUGUGCACCUUAUCCUUGUCUAGGUCUGCUAGUUUAUUGUCCAAACAAUUUUAUUUUGUAAGAUAUCUUUAAAAUCCUUCAGUUUUGAUUUAUUUGGAAUGUAAGUCUGAUAUUUAUUCCAGAAAGUGUGUUCUGAUGUUAGAGUUAGAUGAUUGUAUUGUAAAAGAUGACUGUUAUGGGUUGGAUGUGAGAUUUUUUGGUAUUUAUAUCUGUUGCUCAUGAUAUGUGAUGUAAAUUAUAUUUCAAAUAUCUAUGGAAGCUAACAGCACUUAUUGUGCCAAAAAUUUGUUGAACUUGUGAAAUUAUUUGCAGGUCACUACAUAUCUAGGAAGUGAUUGAUAUGGUAAUAAGUAUGUGACACAUUUCUUUGAAAAUAUCGAGCUGAAAUCCAUUGGGUUCUUUUUCCAGUGCGCAAAGAGAAGUUGUGAUUCAAAAAUCUCAAUAUUGAAUCCAUUCAUCUUAAUAUUAUGUCAUGUAAAAUCUUUAGCUGUGUGUGUUACAGUAGACUUUGUGUUACUGUGUUUUAGUAUAUUCCCCAGAGACUACUUUCCUAUGGCAUACCCAGACUCUCAUAGAAUUGUGUCCUUCUCACAGUACUUAUAUGAGUGGUGCUCCAAUAAUAGGUAUUUAUAUCCCUUUUGACUACUACAAAUUUAGGAAACAUGUGUAUGUAUGGGUGCAUGGUUUCACUAAUCACACUUUGGUGUUGGCAAGCAAGUUUUCGUCUUGUGACGACAAAUGGUCAAGGAUAAUAAAAGUAGGUGAUACAAUCACAAAUACAAUAA